AUGAGGCGCAUGCAUUUGAGAAGGACGAGACACCUUUAGUGCCUCUGAAUCAGAUGCUGACCUGGCUGCAGCGGCUGUGAGGUUACAAGCUCAGAGUUUAGUGAUAAAGAAGUUCAGCGAGUUUCCUUCUGGAUGUGAAACAUCUCGAGCGGCUCAACAAACUCUGCUGUCUGUCUGUGUGUCUGUGUGUCUGUGUGUCGCCGUCUUCUGCGCAGCAUUCAAAAGUACCGCCGUCUGGACAGACAGGUGUUGGGAUGAACAGGUCCAAGUCCAGCUGGGAUAAAAAAGUCCACCAGUCUCCAGUCACCAGGAUGACCCGCAGCUCCAGCUCCCAGACCAGGCACACCGACCCUGCAGAGACCCAGGAUGCUGGGCCCGGUCCCUAUGGAAAGCUACGGAGGAAGCAGACAGACUCUGCUUUGGCCCAGGACCUCAGUCAGAUGAGUGUGAGCAGACAGGACAGUUUACCUACAAGUAAAGGAAAGAUGUCCAAAAGUAGCAGUGACCCUGCGCAGGCUGGUCAGUCCUCUGGGUCCAGAUCUGGUCGGGGCACUCCGUCUGCAUUAGCUGCCAAGUCUUCAUCCCGGGGCGGUCUAGCCUCUGUUGCUCGGCUGGUGAAGCUCGGCCGCUGUAAGAACGUGGUGGUGGUGGCCGGAGCAGGAAUCAGCACAGCCAGUGGCAUCCCAGACUUCAGAACUCCAGCAACAGGUCUUUACGCCAACUUGGAGAAGUACAACAUCCCUUACCCGGAAGCUAUUUUCAACAUUGAUUACUUCUCCAACGACCCGCAGCCUUUCUUCUCCCUUGCCAAGGCUCUGUAUCCUGGCAGCCACCGACCAAACUACAUACACUACUUUGUCCGCAUGCUUCAUCACAAAGGCCUGCUGCUCCGAAUGUACACCCAGAACAUCGACGGACUGGAGAAACUGUGUGGCGUCCCAGAUGACAAACUUGUGGAAGCUCACGGUAGUUUUGCCACGGCUGCCUGUCACCUGUGCUAUACUGCGUACCCUGCUGAGGAGGCUAAGCAUGCCAUAAUGACUGGCAACGUCCCCACAUGCACAUUCUGUGCUGCAACAGUCAAACCUGACGUUGUAUUUUUUGGAGAGGAUCUUCCUCAAAAUUAUUUCCUCCACACUAAAGACUUCCCCAAAGCAGACCUGCUAAUCAUUAUGGGCACCUCUCUACAGAUUGAGCCAUUUGCGAGCCUGGUGAACACGGUGCGCUCCACUGUACCACGUCUCCUCCUGAACCGACACGCCGUGGGUCCCUUUGAGAAGGUCCCACUGCGGAGAGGAGACCACAUGGAGCUUGGUGACCUGGAGGAUACGGUGCGGAGGUUUGCUGAAAUGCUCGGCUGGAACGAUGAGAUUGAGGAGCUGAUGAGGAGUCAGGAAACACGGAGCAUCCCUCCAUUUAUUAGCAGCCCGUCAGUGAGCGGACAGACAUCUUGUCAGAGCAGAGGAGCUCUAGAGCCUCCAGGUGGAACGGAAACAUUAAAGUCCGGACCAGAAGGUCAAAGAGCAUCCAACAGCGGCGGCGAGGAGACGGACUCAGAGACCGACAGCAAAAGCUCGGCAUCAUCCUGCCGGAGCAACUGACGCUGCAUGUUGCAUAAACGAUGGCACUGGAAAGGUUUGAGAGAGUUUCUUCUCUCCUUAGUUUGCACGAAGACUGUUCUCCGGUGUUUCUAUACACACACGUUACUUUUCGUCUGGUUAUCUUCUGCUCGUAGCAAAGGGUUUUCGUUUGUGUGCAUUGGAGUGAAAGUGCAUCUUACCUCUUCAUCUGGGAGUCGCAGUGUGUCAGUUUGUUCAUAUGUAAACCAAAUAAUCUGUUUGUCAACAACCAUAAUUAAAGCACUUAUUAUAGAAGUAGGGUGCAUCCAGAACACUAGUUAAUAUAUAUAUGAGGCCCCACACAUCCUGAUGCUUCUUCAGGUGUUUUCUACAUCCCAUUUCAGUAAACCUGUUAAUGUUUUAUAUCAGCACAACACUGUAUUUUAAACUAUUCAAUGAAAGUAUUGUGUAAAUUGAAUCUUUUGUCCUUUAAAAAAAAAAAAAAAUAAAGUUUCUGUAGUUUGGGUUCAAAAACAUCAGCUAUUCUUCUUCUCCAGUUUAUUAACAUUUCAGUGGAAGUCUCGCCACAUAAGUGAAAGUCCUGCAUUCAAAUUUCUACUUCAAGUGAAGUGGAGCUUUCAAUUCUAAUAUGAAAGUUCCAUGUGGCCGACGUCAAAGGCGAGAAGCGCUGUAGGAACUUGGCCUUGGAGACUUGAGGGCCAAGAAAGGGAACUUUUGACGGCUUUAGCUCAACAGAACAGGCGGCGGCCGGACUGCCGACUCAGAAACGGGCUUGAUGUCGGCUGGGACCCCUGAUGCAGGAACUGGGUGUGGCUGGGUGUUUAUUGUGGAGCUGAGUAGCUGAGUAGCUGAGGCUUGGUGGCUCUGGGCAGCCUGGGGAGGGAGGGAGGGGGGAGAAUCAAUGUUUC